UCGGGGCUUUGCUCUUAUCGAAAGUGCUCGUCAGGGUGAUUUUUGAUGACCACAGUCCAGAAGUGCUGGCGUCCGAAUGCAUUUUCUUUGGCUUCGCCACGAAGAGUCGUGAACUUCAAAACCCCGACCCGGAUUAUCAAUCCUGCUUUGCAGGAAAGGAAAACCCUCCAUCCCCGGCCACCCGCCACCCGUCUCCGGAGAUUCUGCAAUCGCCCAGGCGCUCGGAGUCGGAAGGGGACGCUUUGGGAAUGACCAUGCUCCACGGAGGGACAGAGCCGGCCCCCAGCUUCUCUACACAGAGCCUCCUCCUCUAAAGCUCCAAAAAGCAAAAACCAUAAUUGCCAGAAGAAUCAUUUAAAAAAUAGCCCAGCCACUAACCUCACAUGCAAAUGGAAUAAUUACUCUGGAUUCUGCAUUGUGAGCUGCUCUCCAUAUCCUGAAUUACCUUUGAAUUCAGUCUUUUUUUUUUUUUUUCCUUUGAAUUUGCAUCUCUUCAAGACACAAGAUUAAAACAAAAUUCACGCUAAAUUGGAUUUUCAGUUACCUUCCUUUCAUUUAUCCUUCGUCUUUCUUAUGUGGAUAUGCCAGCGAGAAGAGGAAACUGGACAUUCCCAACAUGCUCACUCCCUUAAUCUGUCCGUCUAGAGGUUUGGCUUCUACAAACCAAGGGAGUCGACGAGUUGAAGAUGAAGCUCAGAGCAGAGUGCUGUUCUCCCAAGUUCUGGUUGGUGUUGGCUGUCCUGGCCGUGUCAGGCAGCAGGGCUCGUUCUCAGAAGAGCCCCCCCAGCAUUGGCAUCGCUGUCAUCCUCGUGGGCACUUCCGACGAGGUGGCCAUCAAGGAUGCCCACGAGAAAGAUGACUUCCACCAUCUUUCCGUGGUCCCCCGUGUGGAGCUGGUAGCCAUGAAUGAGACAGACCCAAAGAGCAUCAUCACUCGCAUCUGUGAUCUCAUGUCUGACCGGAAGAUCCAGGGCGUGGUGUUUGCGGACGACACAGAUCAGGAGGCCAUCGCCCAGAUCCUUGACUUCAUUUCAGCUCAGACUCUCACCCCCAUCCUGGGCAUCCACGGAGGCUCCUCUAUGAUAAUGGCAGAUAAGGAUGAAUCCUCCAUGUUUUUCCAGUUUGGCCCAUCAAUUGAACAGCAAGCUUCUGUAAUGCUCAACAUCAUGGAAGAAUAUGACUGGUACAUCUUUUCUAUCGUCACCACCUACUUCCCCGGCUACCAGGACUUUGUAAACAAGAUUCGCAGCACCAUCGAGAACAGCUUCGUGGGCUGGGAGUUAGAGGAGGUCCUCCUGCUGGACAUGUCCCUGGAUGAUGGAGAUUCCAAGAUCCAGAACCAGCUCAAGAAACUUCAAAGCCCCAUCAUUCUUCUUUAUUGCACUAAGGAAGAAGCCACCUACAUCUUUGAAGUUGCUAACUCCGUAGGGCUGACUGGCUAUGGCUACACAUGGAUUGUGCCUAGUCUGGUGGCAGGGGACACGGACACAGUGCCCUCGGAGUUCCCCACCGGGCUCAUCUCUGUGUCCUAUGAUGAAUGGGACUAUGGCCUCCCUGCCAGAGUGAGGGAUGGAAUUGCCAUAAUCACUACCGCUGCUUCCGACAUGCUGUCUGAACACAGCUUCAUCCCCGAGCCCAAGAGCAGUUGUUACAACACCCAUGAGAAGAGAAUCUACCAGUCCAACAUGCUGAAUAGGUAUCUGAUCAAUGUCACCUUUGAGGGAAGAAAUCUGUCCUUCAGUGAAGACGGCUACCAGAUGCACCCGAAACUGGUGAUAAUCCUUCUGAACAAGGAGAGGAAGUGGGAGAGGGUGGGCAAGUGGAAAGACAAGUCCCUGCAGAUGAAGUACUACGUGUGGCCCCGAAUGUGUCCUGAGACAGAAGAACAGGAGGAUGACCAUCUGAGCAUUGUAACCCUAGAGGAAGCCCCCUUUGUCAUUGUGGAGAGCGUGGACCCUCUGAGUGGAACCUGCAUGAGGAACACAGUCCCCUGCCAAAAACGCAUAGUCUCUGAGAAUAAAACAGAUGAGGAGCCAGGUUACAUCAAGAAGUGUUGCAAGGGAUUCUGUAUUGACAUCCUUAAGAAAAUUUCUAAAUCUGUGAAGUUCACCUAUGAUCUCUACCUGGUUACCAAUGGCAAGCACGGGAAGAAGAUCAAUGGAACCUGGAAUGGUAUGAUUGGAGAGGUGGUCAUGAAGAGGGCCUACAUGGCGGUGGGAUCGCUCACCAUCAAUGAGGAGCGAUCCGAGGUGGUCGACUUCUCUGUGCCCUUCAUAGAGACCGGCAUCAGUGUCAUGGUGUCACGCAGCAAUGGGACUGUCUCACCUUCUGCCUUCUUAGAGCCAUUCAGUGCUGACGUAUGGGUGAUGAUGUUCGUCAUGCUGCUCAUCGUCUCAGCCGUGGCUGUCUUUGUCUUCGAGUACUUCAGCCCUGUGGGUUAUAACAGGUGCCUCGCUGAUGGCAGAGAGCCAGGUGGCCCAUCUUUUACCAUCGGCAAAGCUAUUUGGUUACUCUGGGGUCUGGUGUUUAACAACUCCGUACCCGUGCAGAACCCAAAGGGGACCACCUCCAAGAUCAUGGUGUCGGUGUGGGCCUUCUUUGCUGUCAUCUUCCUGGCCAGCUACACUGCCAACUUAGCUGCCUUCAUGAUCCAAGAGGAGUAUGUGGACCAGGUUUCUGGCCUGAGUGACAAAAAGUUCCAGAGACCUAAUGACUUCUCACCCCCUUUUCGCUUUGGGACUGUGCCCAAUGGCAGCACAGAGAGGAAUAUUCGCAAUAACUACGCAGAAAUGCAUGCCUACAUGGGAAAGUUCAACCAGAGGGGUGUAGAUGAUGCAUUGCUCUCCCUGAAAACAGGGAAACUGGAUGCCUUCAUCUACGAUGCAGCAGUGCUGAACUACAUGGCCGGCAGAGAUGAAGGCUGCAAGCUGGUGACCAUUGGUAGCGGAAAGGUCUUUGCUUCCACUGGUUACGGCAUUGCCAUCCAAAAAGAUUCUGGCUGGAAGCGCCAGGUGGACCUUGCUAUUCUGCAGCUGUUCGGAGAUGGAGAGAUGGAGGAGCUGGAAGCUCUCUGGCUCACUGGCAUUUGCCACAACGAAAAGAAUGAGGUCAUGAGCAGCCAGCUGGACAUUGACAACAUGGCAGGCGUCUUCUACAUGUUGGGGGCAGCCAUGGCUCUCAGUCUCAUCACCUUCAUCUGCGAACACCUAUUCUAUUGGCAGUUCCGGCACUGCUUUAUGGGUGUCUGUUCUGGCAAGCCUGGCAUGGUCUUCUCCAUUAGCAGAGGUAUCUACAGCUGCAUCCAUGGAGUGGCGAUUGAGGAGCGCCAGUCCGUGAUGAACUCCCCCACCGCGACCAUGAACAACACACAUUCCAACAUCCUGCGCCUGCUCCGCACAGCCAAGAACAUGGCCAACCUGUCCGGCGUGAACGGCUCCCCCCAGAGCGCCCUGGACUUCAUCCGACGCGAGUCAUCCGUCUACGACAUCUCCGAGCACCGCCGCAGCUUCACGCACUCCGACUGCAAGUCCUACAACAACCCGCCGUGCGAGGAGAACCUCUUCAGCGACUACAUCAGCGAGGUGGAGAGAACUUUCGGUAACCUGCAGCUGAAGGACAGCAAUGUGUACCAAGACCACUAUCACCACCACCACCGGCCCCACAGCAUCGGCAGCGCCAGCUCCAUCGACGGGCUCUACGACUGUGACAACCCGCCCUUCACCACGCAGCCGCGGUCCAUCAGCAAGAAGCCCCUGGACAUUGGCCUCCCCUCCUCCAAACACAGCCAGCUGAGCGACCUGUACGGCAAAUUCUCGUUCAAGAGCGACCGCUACAGUGGCCACGAUGACCUGAUCCGCUCAGACGUGUCCGACAUCUCCACCCACACGGUCACCUACGGAAACAUCGAGGGCAACGCCGCCAAGAGGCGUAAGCAGCAAUACAAGGACAGCCUGAAGAAGCGGCCAGCCUCGGCCAAGUCCCGCCGGGAGUUUGACGAGAUCGAGCUGGCCUACCGCCGCCGGCCCCCCCGCUCCCCUGACCACAAGCGCUACUUCAGGGACAAGGAAGGGCUCCGGGACUUCUACCUGGACCAGUUCCGCACCAAGGAGAACUCCCCGCACUGGGAGCACGUGGACCUGACGGAUAUCUACAAGGAGCAGAGCGACGACUUCAAGCGUGACUCGGUCAGCGGAGGCGGGCCCUGCACCAACAGGUCUCACCUCAAGCACGGGGCGGGCGACAAACACGGCGUGGUCGGCGGGGUCCCGGCUCCCUGGGAGAAGAACCUGACCAACGUGGACUGGGAGGACCGCUCCGGGGGCAACUUCUGCCGCAGCUGCCCCUCCAAGCUGCACAACUACCCCACGACCGUGAGCGGGCAGAACUCGGGCCGGCAGGCGUGCAUCCGGUGCGAGGCUUGCAAGAAAGCAGGGAAUCUGUACGACAUCAGCGAGGACAACUCCCUGCAGGAGCUGGACCAGCCGGCCGCCCCCGUGGCGGUGCCGUCCAACGCCCCCAGCGCCAAGUACCCCCAGAGCCCGACCAACUCCAAGGCCCAGAAGAAGACCCGGAACAAGCUGCGCCGGCAGCACUCGUACGACACGUUCGUAGACCUGCAGAAGGAAGAAGCCGCCUUGGCCCCGCGCAGCGUGAGCCUGAAAGACAAGGGCCGCUUCCUGGACGGCAGUCCCUACGCCCACAUGUUUGAGAUGCCAGCCGGCGAGAGCACCUUUGCCAACAACAAGUCCUCAGUGCCCGCUGCCGGACACCACCACCACAACAACCCCGGCGGUGGCUACAUGCUCAGCAAGUCGCUCUACCCCGACCGGGUCACGCAGAACCCUUUCAUCCCCACUUUCGGGGACGACCAGUGCUUGCUCCACGGCAGCAAAUCCUACUUCUUCAGGCAGCCCACGGGGGCGGGGGCGCCGAAAGCCAGGCCAGACUUCCGCGCCCUUGUCACCAACAAGCCGGUGGUCUCGGCCCUUCACGGGGCUGUGCCAGGCCGUUUCCAGAAAGACAUCUGUAUAGGGAACCAGUCCAACCCCUGUGUGCCUAACAACAAAAACCCCAGGGCUUUCAACGGCUCCAGCAAUGGGCAUGUUUAUGAGAAACUUUCUAGUAUUGAGUCUGAUGUCUGAGUGAGGGAAG